AUGACGGCCAUUGUCUUUGCAGCAACCAUAGCCUCCACGGAUAUCAGGCUUCUGCUGAAAGAUGAUGUUUUUGUCGACUUUUUCAACACGUUUCUGAAUCUUCCUGUAAGUCCACUGUGCCCCAUACAGCCCAGGACCUUUCUGAGCUCUUCUCAGGUUUUUGGCCAGACACCCAUUUACAUCAGCAGCAUGGGACAAUGGGACCUCUGGCCAGAGCUGCCGAGCUGCCUGGAUCCCAGCCCCUCGGCUUUACUGGCUUGGCUGGAAAAGCACCGUCUGCCUCACUUCUGCAAAUCCAGCCUGUGCCUCCACCUCGUCCUCUGCCAGAAGCUCCUGGGUUUCAUUCGGUCGGGGGAAGCAGCAAAACUGCUGAACUGGCAAAGUGCUGACCGGUGGCUGCUGGAGAAGUGCAUCAGCGGGAACCAGGGCAUGUGCCACUUUCGGGCCUUCAUCCAAGGAACAGCAGGGGAAGAACUGACCGACUUCUGGCUUACCACCGAAAGGCUCCUGGGGCUUGAUGAGUUGGAUGAGAGGCAGAGGGACCUCUACCUGUCCUUGCUCCACAGGCUGAAAGCCACUCACCUGCGUGAAGGCUCCAGUGUUGUCAUUCUCUGCAGGACCAUCAUUGAGUCGCUGCCAAAAGCCAGGCACAUUCAGUCCAUCAUCACCAGGAGGGAGAUCCUAAGCAAGAUGCAGGAACGGGUCCUUUUUAUGCUUCAGAGCUACUGGCUCCCUAAAUUCUUCAUCCACUGCAAGAUGGGCAUGGAGGAAGAGGAAUCAUGCCAACUUCUGCUGCAGGAAUAUCAGGAGCGUUUGUUACAGGCCAACUUGCAGGAGCCUUCAGUCUUUCCAGAGAAACUCCUCACGGCGUAUAUUAAAAGGAGCCAGAGUUUGUCAGGGCCCUACUGCAGCAAGAAGGCCAAAGCAGAGAUCUGGACUCUGGUCAAGGAGGAAAGAGACAGCCAAGAAAUGAAGAUUCCCAGUUUUCGGGUGCAACGAGAAAGGCAGCCAGGGCCAGCUGGGAGCAAAAAGGAAUCACAUCUGGAUAAGGAUGCUUUGGGAUCAUUUCUUCAUCGGUCAGAUCAUCCUGCAAACACUGCCUCUGAAGGCAAAGGAGGAGCAACCUCUCCAAAAAAACCUAGACCAAAUGCAGAGCAGGUCCUUCUUCUGGAAGACCUCCGUGAAGAGAAAGUCCUCUCUAAGCUGUGUUCCUCUGCACCCCUUGUCCAGCUGCCAUCCCUGAAAAAAACAGUCAAGACCUUGCCUUUCCUUCCCUCGGCCCUUAGUGCUGACACCUGUGCGGGACGGCCCUUCAAGGACUUCUUGAAGCACCAGGACCGGUCCAUGGAGACUCAUCUCCUGGAUCUGUGGCAUGACCUGGAGGAAUUUCUGCCUGUAGUGCUGGAUCCCAGCAGAGAAAACAGUUUUUUCCUGCGAUGUUUGAUUGGGGAGAAGAUAUGCAAGACCUACCUGGAGGAGGGCACCAUUCAGCAGCUCCCUUUAGAGACCAGGACUCUCAAGAACUUACGGAACCAUCUGAUGUUUGGAGAAUUCUCCCCCUGGAUAUUCAGAGCCCAGGAGGAGAUUUGCAAGGUGCUCUGCUGCUUCUACGAGGAAUUUCUGGAUGACGAUGACAGGACGUUCCUCCACUUUAUGUGUCCACAUAGUGAUGUCCCGAUGCCCGACAUGGAAGGCCAUGCUGUUGGGAAAGAUGAAUGUUUCCUCCUGUCCCAGCGGACAAGCCAGGCCUUGAAGCUGAGCCAGACCUUGCAUGGCACGAGGAACUUUGAAGAUGUCUCCUCCAAGCACUGGCAAUUAAUUGCUACUCGGGACCUCCGGAAAGGGGGCUCCAUCCAGGCAGAGGUGGAAACUCUCCUGUGCAGCACUGCUGAUGCAGACUCCCAGAAGGUGAUGUCAAACAAGCUGGCUGCUGAGGAACUCUCACUGACUAUGGAUACCCCAGGCGACGAGAAUGAGCUUCUGUGUCUCAAAAGCCCAUUACUUGCUGCUGGACGCAAGAAAAGAAGGAAGAGGACUGUUCCUCUGAGGAAAACCAGAUCAAGCAUGACAAAGCCCACCACUGUUGCAGUAGAGAAGCCAUCUGGAAGACCCAGGCACUUCAUGAAAGUACUGCACAACCCUGCUCACCUGCAGUACUUCAAACAGUUCCUCAAGGAGCACAACGCAGAUGAACCACUGGAUUUCUGGAUGGCUGUGGAGAAGUUGAUCACAGAGACCAACCCCAAGAGAAAGAGCUUACUCAUUAACAGCAUUGUCAAAAGUUAUUUCCAUACUGAAAUCCCAGCAGAGGAGCGGCUGAACUGCCACAGUUCUAUCAUCGGAGAAAUAAAUGAUGCCGAAGUAGUCAGCUCCUCAAUGUUGAUGACAGCACAGAUCUUUGUCCAGAGAGCAAUGGAAAAACGAUGGUUUAAAGAGUACCAGGACCUGUUCCCCCCAAGUGAUGCACAUAAGUCUAACCUUCAUUUGUAUGGGAUGGGGAACAUCAUGACAGACAAGCUGCGGCGUGCCUGGUAUACCAUUCACGACAUCAUCAAGAGCAUCUGCAAGUUUCAGAGGGAGAUGGACAAUGACAAACACCGUGCUGAGUUUGAGGACUUUCUCCAGUGGGAACUAAGAAAUGAGGAGGAAAACUUGUCCAGAUCGACGCAGAGCAGCAGCACCAUGAGCAUUUCCCGCUCCCACGCAGCCUCUGCCAGCACCCCUCAGGACAAGGAGGUGGUACUGGUGAAACGUCGUCUGUUCAACAGCCAGCUCGUUACCAUCAACUUCCUCGUUAAUGACCUCCACUUUUACCUGGAGAUUGACAAAUUUUCCAGGCUGGUUGAUUCAAUUGAAGCUUUGGCAGCCCGCAACAUGCAAACAGAAAAUGAAGUUGCCUUUCUCAAAAGGAAAGUCACCAUCAUCAGCAAGCUCUUCCUGAACUCUGAUAUUCCUCCCAAAUUGCGGGUAAAUAUCUCUGAAGAAGAGAGAGAUUUCAUCAUGAGUUUAUCUUCCAAGGGGCUACUGAAUCGUGUCCUCUACCAUAGGGCCAAGAUCCUCAUCAUCCCCAUCCUGAUUCACUUCUGGAAAAGGUUCUGCACCUGGAAGGCGACAAGGAGGUUUCAGGUCCCGGUGAAGGACAGGGUCCCAAUCUCUUCACCCAGUAAAAAAACCCCCAAAUCAUCUGACACCUACAGUCCAGGCAAUCACACCAUCAUUUUCUUCACCCUCCUGAAAGGGAUCCGGGUCCUGCUGCCACAUCCCCAGAAGAAAAAGGAGCCACUGGAGGAGCCAAAGGAUUCAGAUAAAAGUCUUGAGAAGAGGCUCUCAUUCAGCAAGUCUGCCUCCUGUCCUGCAGAGCAGGCACCAAGGGAAGGACAGACCUCCAAAGAAGAACAGACCUCCAAAGAAGAACAGACAUCCCAACACACCAUCCACACCAAGCAGGACAGCGAUGUGCUCCAAGGAAGCUGA